GAAACAUUAAAAAGGAAAACCAACAGCAAUGACUGUACAAGCCCGAUUGCAAAUACUCCUGGCUCAAAAAGGGAUGCCCACUUCUGUGCAGUCUGCAGUGAUUAUGCUUCAGGAUACCACUAUGGGGUCUGGUCAUGUGAAGGCUGCAAAGCAUUCUUUAAAAGAAGUAUUCAAGGACAUAAUGAUUACAUCUGCCCAGCUACCAAUCAGUGCACGAUAGAUAAAAACAGGCGCAAAAGCUGCCAGGCGUGCCGGCUGCGGAAGUGUUAUGAAGUGGGAAUGAUGAAAUGUGGCUCAAGAAGAGAACGUUGUGGAUAUCGGAUCCUGCGUAGCCAUCGUAGUUCAGAAGAUCACGUGCAUUGCAUUGGCAAAGCUAAGAAAUACAGUGAGACAGCAACCCGUGUAAAAGAGAUCCUGCUCAGCACAGUCAGCCCAGAGCAAUUCGUUUUGACACUACUUGAAGCGGAGCCUCCCAAUGUGCUGGUGAGUCGUCCCAGCAAACCAUUCACAGAGGCCUCCAUGAUGAUGUCCCUGACAAAACUGGCAGACAAAGAGCUGGUUCACAUGAUUGGUUGGGCCAAAAAGAUCCCUGGCUUCAUUGAUCUCAGCCUCUAUGACCAAGUAAGACUUUUGGAGAGUUGCUGGAUGGAAGUUUUAAUGGUUGGUUUGAUGUGGAGAUCAAUUGACCAUCCUGGGAAACUGAUUUUUGCACCAGAUCUUGUAUUAGACAGGGACGAGGGGAAAUGUGUAGAGGGAAUUUUGGAGAUCUUUGAUAUGCUUCUGGCCAUGACCUCAAGGUUACGAGAGCUGAAACUGCAGCACAAGGAGUAUCUGUGUGUCAAGGCAAUGAUUCUCCUCAAUUCCAGCAUGUUUCCCUUGUCAGGAGAAGAACCUGAAAGCAACAGGAAACUGCAUCACCUGCUUAAUGUGGUCACAGAUGCUUUGGUGUGGGUUAUUGCGAAGAGCGGAAUCCCCUCGCAGCAGCAGACCACUCGCCUGGCCAACCUGCUGAUGCUCCUCUCUCACGUCAGACACGCAAGCAACAAGGGAAUGGAGCAUCUCCUGAGCAUGAAGUGUAAAAACGUGGUCCCAGUGUAUGACUUGCUGCUGGAGAUGUUGAAUGCACACACUCUGCGAGGGCAAAGGAAGUCCCCGGCCACGCAUCCCGAAUUUGGCCCGUUAGAACAAAUGGAGACUGGAGACAGUCUGCGGAAUGGGGCAGCCCAGUAAUUCUGCUGAGACCUGGAGAUGUGAUGCUUGUCCAAAGCUAUGGGAGAAAACAAAACUGCUGUGGUGGGACUACUGAAGUGUGACCUAGUGUGAGGCCUCGUCUCCUCUAGAUUUGCACAUCGAUAUCUCGGGAAAGGCUUGUGGGACGCACGCUUCUGUCUGUAUUUCUGAAUUAUAAUAGCUGCACUUUAACAGUGCCUUUUUGGAGACUCUUCAAAAGCACCUUAUGAAAUUAAGCCUCAGAACAGAGCUGUGAGACAGGGAAUUACUGCCUCUCCUUUUCAGAGGCAGGCAAACUGUGACAGAGAGAUAAAGGGACUGGUUUAAGAUGACAGAAGUCAUCUAUGUCAGGGCUAGGAGUGAGCACCUAGGUUUCUGUCUCCCAGACCAAGGCUUUUAUGUGAUGACUAGACGAUCUCCUCUUUCAGCAUGAGACUGUAUGAAAUGUAGAGCAGCAUUUUGGGAUAGAUCCACUUACCUGUGUGUGCU